AUGGGCGAUACACCAGCCCCCGCCAUCAGCACAGAAGCUGUCUACAAGACCGCGGAGUUGUAUCGACAGGAUAGUCGACAAGCCGCAAAUCACCUAAAACAUUCCAGUUACGUGGAUGAUUUGAUUGACUCGUGUUCAAGUAAACCCGACGCGUUAAAGAUUGCCAAGGAAUCCGAGGAUAUCCUUGCCAAAGGAGGAUUUGCUCUAAAGUGCUGGCAAUUCAGUGGCGAAACACAACCUCGCGUGAAAGAAGAGUUGUUAAAAUUGGACCUGCCAGAAAAGAGUGUUGAAAGCUCAGACCAAGGACUAAUAAUGUUAAAAGGAACUGACGAAAACUUACGAGUGCUCGGUCUGGGAUGGAACCAAAAGAAAGAACCACUUUCCGGUGAAAAGAAAGUCCAUGUUGCAGCAGCAUCGAGCAUAGAGGCAUUGUUGAUCGACAAUAGGGCCAUUUAUACGUGACAAAAUAAGUCGCGACUUACAUAAGACGCGACUUAAAUAAGUGGAGUUAUCGCAUAAAUGGUUCUCUACGGCUUUGGUCUUAUUUAUUUGCUAUAGCUAUAAUGUUGUUUUGGUUGUUUUUGUUUUAAUAUGCAAGGCAUUAAAUUUUACGUUGUUUCAAGUUUCUGGCAUGUGUAGUUAGACUUUUUGUCCAAAAUUUCUUAUUUAAGACGCGACUUAAAUAAGAACAGCUAAAAGACCUGUUCUUAAGUAAGACGCGUCUUAUCCAAGACGCGUCUUACAUAAGAAUUUUGUACCUUUUAUACGACAAACUCGCGUCUUACCUAAGUCGCGUCUUAUGUAAGUCGCGUCUUAUUUUGUUCCGUAUAAAUGGCCCUAAUGAACGAUUCAGCAGUAUUAACAAAGCUAUUUGGGUCGUCGCCAGAUUGCUAAACAUUGCGAAGAAGAAUAGUUUUAAAGGCGGAAGGACUCUGUCCAUCUCGGUUAAGCAAUUACAAGAAGCCGAGAACUUUAUUGUUAAAGAAGUUCAGAAAUCAUUUGAAAGUGAACUGACAAAAACUGACCGCAAAGGCAGAAAAGGUGGUCGUUUCGCUUGUUUGAAUCCAGUCCAAGAUGAAAGUGGACUCUGGGUAGUGGGACAGCGCCUGAAGAACAAAAAUUCCAUGACAGUGGAUUCUUCUCUCCAAAAGCUAUUGCCCUACCGACAUGUUUCCAGACUCUUCAUGCAACGAGCUCACACUUCUGGUCAUAGAGGUCGUGAUGCAACCUUAGCACGAUUCCGUCAACUCUACUGGGUAAUCCAAGGAAGCAAACUCGCUCAAUCAAUCAAGAGUAAAUGUCAGAUGUGCAAGCUACGAGAAGCAAAGUUCCUCGAGCAGCAAAUGGGACAACUACCGGAAGCAAGAUUGCAACCAUCUCCAGCUUUCAACCACGUUAUGAUAGAUCUUUUCGGACCCUACUCGGUUCGUUGAAAAGUACAGAAAAGAACAAGUGGUAAAGCGUACGGAGUAAUCUUCACAGAUCUAGUUAUGAGAGCAGUCCACUUGAAGCUGUGUUCGGGUACGAUACUAAAUCAUUCCUAAUGGCCCUCAGCAGAUUCGUCAGCGUUCGUGGUUGGCCCAAAAUCAUAUAUAGUGAUCCCGGAUCACAACUAAUUGGUGCGGAAAGAGAACUCACGGAAACCUGGAAGAGCAUUGACCGACAAUCCCUACAUAAAAGUGGCACAGAGAAUGGAUAUUGACCUGGAUCUUCGGCCCUGCUGAUAGUCCCUGGUACCAAGGAGCUGUAGAAUCCCUGGUGAAGAGUGCCAAGAGAGCUAUUCAUUUCACAAUCAAUAACCAACGUCUUUCAGUCCAAGAGUUCAUGACGGUGUGUAGCGAAGCCACGAGCCUCCUCAAUGAAAGACCUAUCGGAACCCUCCCGGGUGCGGAUUCUGAAUUAAACAUCCUUACUCCCAAAAGCUUGUUACUGGGCAGAGCAACGGCGAAGAAUCCUGGUGGAUGGCAGCCUAACGGUAAUAAUCCAGGAAAGCGUUAUCAUGUUGUCCAGAUCGUGACAGACGAGUUCUGGAAGAAAUGGACGGAGUUAUACGCCCCAGCCUUGGUUAUUCGUCGCAAGUGGAAUACAGCCAACCGUAACCUGCGCCCAGGAGAUGUUGUAAUAAUCGCCGACCGUAAUACCUUGCGAGGAGAUUACCGUUUAGGUAUAGUACAAGAAGUGUUUCCCAGUCAAGACGGAAAAGUUCGUCGAGUAAAUGUGAUGUACAAGAAUUUUCAAAUUCGAGAAAAGGUACAAAAAUACAAAGGACAUAACGAGGCUGUCAUUGUGUCACGAAGUGCUCAGCGAUUAUCGUUAUUAGUACCAGUGGAUAUGGAUCAAGACCAGGAAACCAAGUCGGAAGCAAAAGACAGUGUAUGA